GGAGACUACGAGAGGCAGGCUUCGGGACUUCGCUUAAUGUACAGUGUCUUUUUCUAAAUUUUCUAUGUUUUUUUUAUGAAGAUCAAUAACAGUGUUUUAACGACUUGCGUUCCUUCGAUUCUACAUUUUUUUCUACAUUUUCAGUAUCUUCAGUAAAUUACUGGAGUUUAGCGUAUAUAUCUUUUUUCGGCAACCGCGGGAAGUAUUUCGUUUCAGAAUUGUUAUACAUUUCAGACGUGGUACUCGGGAAAAGAGACAACUUUUUUGGAAGGUGACAGGAAGAAAACCGAUUUUAGAUGCGUAACAACUUAAGCGGGCGAUAGACAUGUGAAUGCGUCGGCUGCAGAAAUGACACGUGAUUUCUACUGCUAAUUAAUUAACUAGUUAUAACAUGCUAUGUAAAUAAUUUCAACGGUUCCAUUGGAUUAGCUAGUUAAACAUGUCAAAAGUCCGGAAUGCUCCGUUGUCAACUUUAUUGUUGCAUUUUUGUCGAGAUUUAGUCGCUACAGAGUUUAUGAAAGUUACUAUAGAAUUUCCGUCGUUGUUAACUGUAUGGUCGACUGUCAUCUUGGAAUCAGUCUUAUCAACAUCAAUUUGACUUUGUUCAUCUCGGUUUCUGAAGUUCAACAAACCUUGCCAUUCGUUUGAAACCUGUAGGAAUACAGUGCGGUGGGGAUAGCCUACAUUCACACAUCCAGCGUAAAGAAUAGUAGGGGGAAUUGCUUUAGAGAUACUUGUUGCAUCUAGAGUCCGUCAGCGAGAUUUUACUAUUUUUUUCCUUGCUCUGGAAAUGUGACAUGGAAUACCGGUAAAUUGGAUACAUUUUUAAAACCAGACGUUACUGUAGCAUGUUUAUAGUGGGUUGGUCACAUAAUUAAUUAUCAACAUUGUUGCAAAAGGUUUUUUGAAAUAUUGCCAGUGGUGGAAUAUUACAAGAGCCGGUGUUUUGGAAGUGUCCGGACUGAACCGACUGACAACUUCAACCUGCACGUUGAAAAUGAGAACUGGGCUACUGUUUAUCUCCUGUAAGGACUGGAGCUCGUGUUGUAUGUGAAGAGUAAAAUCAAUAACUUUUUCAACUGGAACAAACUUUUAAAGCGGGGUAAGAAUUAACCAGAAAUCCACAAGAAAUGCAUCCACAAAGACAACAUGGCAGUCAGUGAGCCUUAAAACGUUGGAUUUAACCCUGUUUUUCGAAUCGUUUUCACGGGUUUGUACAUUUUAGAACCCACAAAAAGGAGGACCGUUGCUGGGCCAUAUAUUUAUUGUCCUGAAUCAACUCCGGUUGUUGCCAGCUUUGAAGUCCACGAUGUGCGGCCGGAGCCCGCCGCUGCAGCCGAUCCAAUGACCGUUCCCCAGCGGCGAUUGGCCGGGCUCUGGCCGUGGCUGCUCAUAGCGGCCCUGCAGGUGGUGUUCGGCCAGACGGGCCUGGAGCUGGCGGCGGCCGUAGAAACGGAGCGCUCGGCCCCCAGGGCUGUCAUCAAGGUGACACUGCUGAGACACGAGCCCACGGGGAAGCCCAUCACUCUGGAAGGGCUGUUUGUCGGAGGGAGCGCCGGCUCUGCAGAGGGGAAGCUCAUGCAGUCUCACCCCCUGUCCCUGUGCAACACCAGUGAAGAUGAGCGCCAGGAGUCUGACUUCAUCAGCAUCGUCAAACUGGAGAGCCCGGAGCGCAAGGUGCCUCAAUGUCUGCCCCUGCUCAAGAAGGCUCGCCUGGCACUGGAGAGAGGUGCUCAGGCUGUCAUCUUCGAUGUCACCGACGACAAUGACGCUGCUCUCGAGCUGCAUGAGUCUGACUCCCUGCCGCUUCCGGUGGUGCUGGUGAAGGCUGAGGAUGCUGAGGAGCUGAUGGGACUGGUUAACAAGAACGAGGAGGCUAGAGUCCGCAUCGACAUCAAAAAAGAGGACCCAAAAUGGCCCCACUAUGAUGUUGGUAUCUUGCUUACUAUAGUCCUGGCUAUUCUGGCCAUCGUUUUGAUCUUUGCCUUCCGGUACCGAUGCAAGUCCAACAGAACCUGGGACUCAGUCCAUCAGCAGACCAUGCGAGCCAUCAGUCGUCUGGAGACGCGAAUGUACAGCUCUCAGGGCUGCGGGGGCUCACAGCGCCACCGUGGGGGCUGGGGGUCUAAUAGCAGCUCCAACUCCAGCCCCGUCUGUGCCAUCUGUCUGGAGGAGUUCCUGGAUGGACAGGACCUGAGGAUCAUCUCGUGUGCUCAUGAGUUCCAUAAGGAGUGUGUGGACCCCUGGUUGCUGCAGCACCGCACCUGUCCUCUCUGCAUGCACAACAUCAUGGGUACAGAGCUGUCACGUCAGCCCCAGAGGAGCAGACUGCAGCAGACCCCCGAGCACAGCCAGGGUUUCCUGCACCCCCACCCCUACCCACACGCCUUCCCCCAGCAUCCCAUCCCCUUCUCCAUGAGGCCUCACUACCCCCGUGGCCCCUCCGGCCCCUACCCCUCCCUGAGCCACUACAGCAGCUCCCCACCCCUGGACCCACAGACCCUCCGCUUCCUCCCUAGCUGGCCUCUUGGCUCCGGCUGUGGAUACAUCCACCCUACAGAGGGCCCCGGGAGGCCUCACAAGGCCGGGAGCAGCUGCAGGACGGCAGGUCACCCUCUGGGGUCCCACUACGGCCCCGGGUCCCACCGCUCCUGCCACGCCUACCGCUCCGGCUGCCCUGCCCAGCGCAGCAACUCCAGUUCCAGGCUCCACCACACCCCCUCCUUUGCUCCCCACAUCUCCGAAGGGGGAGCCCAUAGCCGGGGGGCUGAGGGAGGCAGCUGCUCUGGGGGGAGCUACCGGACGGAGCGCAGUGGCUACCUGGCAGACGGGCCGGCCAGUGACUCCAGCUCUGGCCCCUGUCACGGUUCAUCCAGUGACUCGGUGCUCAACUGUACCGACGUGUCCCUGCAGGGUGUGUAUGGUAGCUGGUCCACGUUCCGCAGCUCCCUGAGCAGUGACUAUGAUCCGUUUGUGUACUACGGGCCGGGUUUGGGACGGACAGGCCGCAGGGACAGCAUGGAGGCAGGGGCCCAGAGACCAAGGUCCCUGGACUCAGUGAUGAACAGAGACAGAGGACAAGGGAGCCCUGAGGAGCAGCCGCAGGCUAUGUUUAGCCACGUCCACUACCACCGCCACAGACACCACCACUACGGAGAGGACGGGGAGCGGGAGCACGCCCAUGGACAGGGGCCAGGCAGGGGGUCAGACGAGGAGCAGGGGGCUGCUGUUGCUAUUGGCUCUGGUACUGGUUCUCCCCCGGCUCUGGACAAGGACUUCCCAGUGUGCCCUCUGAAGCACAGCCCCUGUCAGUGCUCUAAGGCAGAACACACAGACAGUAGGGAGGUCCACGGCCACGGGAUAGAGGACCAUGAGAUUAGCCUCAGCCCCCCGUCAGGCCCCCCUCCUGCCCUGGUAGCACCAGCACCCUUAGCAGUCCCAGCCCCCUGCUGCCACCAGGACCACGGCCGUGGAGGCCACCCCCACCGGAGGGCAGACCGGCUCGGCGGCUGCGUCCUCGACGGCCCCUCGGUGCUCUUCCACCAGAGCCUGGAACUGCAGGAUGACUGUAGCAUCCACAUUCAUUACGGCCAGGGCCCCAGCUACUGCUGCCCCCCGCCUGACCUGCCCAUGCCUGUGCCUUUCAUUCUGGACUCUGGGGGUAUGGGGGCCCUAGGGGGCCUAGAGGACUGGCCCUGCUGUGGAGGGCCCCACCAUGUAGUGUGGCAGAAGCGGGUGCAGCAGGCCCACUCUGAGCCCCAGUUGCUGGGGCCAGGGCUGGGGGGCCCUAUGGACAGACCCCCGCCCCCAUGCAGCCGGCGUCACCACGGUCACCACAGCCCAGCGCACGACCGCAACACAGACUUUUGUUUAUACUGCAAAACAUUACACAACAAUCAGGGAUCAGAGGAGGAGUCCGGUGUGUGAUAACUAACUAACUCGAGAGGUGCAUCCCCAAACUCACGCUGCUACGUACACAGGAGCCGGAAUGGACAAACACGUCAUCGGCGGCCAUCUUUCUCAAGUCUUCAAAAUAAUUCCACAUGAAAUACCUGCAUUCAAACUACACUUCCCAGAAUCCCCCAGUCAGUGCUGAGUUACAUCUGUCAACAGAGAUCAAAAUUAGUUAGAUUAUGAUUAUUUUGAACAUUUGUUUCUUUUGACCAUCAAAUCAAUGAAAACACAAGUCAAGUAGAGACCUGCAAUUGCUCAUAUUCGUUGUUGAAUUCAAGUAUGUCAAUGUGUUUGAUUUAGACUUUUCUUGUCGCUAAGUGGUGACUGGGAGAUGCUGGGAAAACAACUCCUCCAUCACAAAGGGGAAAUUUGUUUUAUUCUCUUCUGCCUUGUUUUGUUUUGUAAAUUACACGAAUAAUUAAAUACCGACAUGAUAUUACAAGUUCCCAGUUUGCCUUAGUGACCGUUAGGAAUUCUCACUGCUCAGGACUUGAUUCACAGUACGAAACUCCCCUACUGUUUAUCUCAGUAGAAAUCACAUGGACAAAUUGGAUAUCUAAUUCCUUGAGUGGUUAAGCACUUAAUCGAUUAUAUUAUGAGGUACUACUCAGUAAUACUUGAUUUUCCCUCAUUACCCCCAUAGAUGCUCAGUUGGAGGUUUCUUGCUCUUUCCAGCCUGCCUCAAAUCAGAUUCAGAAAUGUGUUCCAGUGGCGUAGGUAUCGCAAAGAUACUCAGAGCUACAGAAAAGAGCCUAGAAGCUUCUCUCUGGGCAACCUGCCCCAUUGGGGGAAAACAGUUAUUUUCUUAGCCGGCCUUACAAGCAGUGUGCAUCCUGAGAGGUCACUAGAGGCUAGCAUGGGGACUUGUGUUGGUUAAUUCAAUAAUGGCAGCUGCUUCCAUCACAUUUUGUUUGCUUUGUGUUUCGGUAAAAAAAUGUACUCUGUAAUUUUGAACCAGAUUCACUGAAAUGUGUUAUUAUUACAAGCUAUUUUAGUUUUGCUCAUGUCAUUUCUCAUGUUGCCAGUGGCUACUUAUUAUGUUUGAUCUGAGUGCUGAUUUUGUGGCCAGUGAAGGAGGGAGGGGUCCACCAGACAGACCUGGGUUCAAACUGUAUUUGACAUAUUUCAAAUACUGUAGCUGUGCUUGAAUAAGCUUGCCUGGCUCAAUGGGACAAAUUUAAUCAGCCCAAAAGUGCAAACCCCACCCAUCUGGCAUGUACUCUAAAAUAUGCAAAUGCUCCACGUAUGUGAACAAUUUCAAAUACUAUUCGAACCCUGGUAUGUCUGCCUCCAGAAAAUCACACAGUGUGAGUGAAACUUCGCUCAGCUCAGGAAGGACAUCCGCCAUGUCUCCUGCUCUUCACCCCUGACCUCUAACCACAUGUCCUAGUACAUGACCCAAUCAAUCUCUCCCUUCCAUUUCCCAAAUACCAGCAGCUAAAGCUCAGCAAGGGUGCUCUUAUCUUGGAACAUUACAGCACAAUAUUGUAUACAGUGCAUUCGGAAAGUAUUCAGACCCCUUGACUUUUUCCACAUUUUGUUACGUUACAGCCUUAUUCUAAAAUGGAUUAAAUGACAAUUGUUCCUCAUCAAUCUAUACAUAAUACCCCA